CAUGAACGUCAGGCACACUUUGAUCUGCUUCCUCCUCCUCACACUGAGGGAUGGAAACAGUGGGCUCACCAACGCACAAAACCUCGACCGUACAGAACCUGAAGGAGGAAACAUCACAGUUAGAUGCUCCUUUUCUUUCUCUGGAGGAAGGAAGAUCUUCUGUAAGGGAAAAUGUGAAGAAGGAAACAUUCUGGUAGAAACGACUGGAGACUCAGCUCAGAGAGGCCGAUACAGCAUUGAUUAUAAGGAAGGAACUUAUCCAGUAAGUGAAACAGUUCUGUAUGUGAGCAUCACAAAGCUGACCAAGUCUGACGCAGGACGGUACCAAUGUGGUCUGGAGGACAGACCUUUUAUUUUCUUCGACUCAUACCAGGACAUUGAGAUCAGAGUUACAGAUGCUCCAACAUCUUCAAAACCAGAAGUGACUCCCCGACCGUUUCCAACAUCAUCCCCAUCAGCCUCCACACUGACCACCACUCAGAGACUGAGCUCCGUACCUUCAUCAGCCUCCCCUGAACGCACCACACAGCCUCAACAGGGACAGACAGUUCUAGCUGGACACGGUGUGGUGCUGUAUGUGCGUCUGACUCUGGUCGUCAUGUUCCUCGUACUCUCAGCGUCUGUGUUGAUAUUCUGCUGGAAGAGGGCCAGGAAAGAUCCUCCUGUGGAACCUGAGUAUGGUGUUGACACUGAGGCUAACCAAGUUUAUGAAGACGUCAGAGAGGAGGACGGAGGGAGCGGUUCUCCACCUGUAUUAAUAUCUACCAUUUACUCCUACGCCCAAUAUAUCAAACCAAACGGAGUCGAAACCACAGACGAGUACAGCUUCGUCACUGAAGCCACUUCUCAGGAGAAAACUAAAGAUGACCCGAGUAAUCUCAACUACUCUGAGCUGGAUUCUUCCAACAGUGGCGCCCCCUGUGGUGACGCAGAUAACGUCCUCUCUGCUCCUCGGGCACUGCAGGAUGGAAACAGUGGGCUCAUCAAAGCACUAAGCCUCGACCGUACAGGAAGUGAAGGAGCAGACAUCACAGUUGCAUGCUCCUUUUCUUUCUCUGGAGGAAGGAAGAUCUUCUGUAAGGGAAAAUGUUACGAAGAAAACAUUCUGGUAGAAACGACCGGAGACUCAGCUCAGAGAGGCAGAUACAGCAUCAGAUAUGUGGAAGGGUCUCUAUUAUCUGACUACAUUCUGUAUGUGAGCAUCACAAAGCUGACCAAGUCUGACGCAGGACGGUACCAAUGUGGUCUGGACAGAUCUUUCCUCCCUGACUCAUACCAGGACAUUAAGAUCAGAGUUACAGAUGCUCCAACCUCUUUAACAUCAUCCCCAUCAGCCUCCACACUGACCACCACUCAGAGUCUGAGCUCCGUACCUUCCUCAGCCUCCCCUGAACGCACCACACAGCCUCAACAGGGACAGACAGCUCCAGCUGGUCACGGUACUUUUAGUUUGUUGUUUGUGUUUAUGGACCAGGAAGUAUCAGAGUAA